UAUGCUUACCCGUACCUCUUACCCCGCCGCAGGAUGGCGCCUCAUCCCUCGGGUGCGCGAGCUGUCCAAGUGACCCACGAGACAGAACAGCCCUUCCCGGGCGCCUCGGACGACGAAGUGACCUGCGUCGCGUCCGCUCCGCCCAGCCCUACUCGCGAGCGGGGGUACUGCGCCGAGGCGGAAGGAGGCAACUGCCGAGGGGCCGCGAGGAAGCUCCGGGCUCGGCGCGGCGGGCGCAGCCGGCCCAAGAGCGAGUUGGCUCUCAGCAAGCAGCGACGGAGCCGGCGCAAGAAGGCCAACGACCGCGAGCGCAAUCGGAUGCACAACCUCAACUCGGCGCUGGACGCGCUGCGCGGCGUCCUGCCCACCUUCCCCGACGAUGCGAAGCUCACCAAGAUCGAGACGCUGCGCUUCGCCCACAACUACAUCUGGGCGCUGACGCAGACGCUGCGCAUAGCCGACCACAGUCUCUACGGGCUGGAGCCGCCCGCGCCGGCCUGCGAGGAGCUGGGCAGCCCGGACGGCUCGCUCUACUCCCCGGUCUCCCAGGCGGGCAGCCUGAGCCCCGCCACCUCCCUGGAGGAGUGCCCCGGGCUGCUGGCGCCUGCCUCCCCUGCCUGCCUGCGCCCUGGCGCCCUGGCUUUUUCAGACUUUCUAUGAAGGAGCCAGUCGGCCGCUAGGCGGUGGGUGCUGGGAGAGAGGGAAGGGAUGGAGGCCGUCCCGGGUGCGCGGCGGCGGCCCUCACGCGAACUUGCUU